AAGUGAAGAUCGCUGAAGCUGGGAGAUUUUGAAUGGACUAAACAUGAAGAGUCUGAAAGCAAAGUUCAGAAAAAGUGACACUAACGAGUGGAGCAAGUAUGACGACCGCUUGCUUCAAGCCGUGGAUCAUAAUGAAGUCGACAAAGUGUCAUCGCUGCUGGGGAAGAAAGGGGUGGUCGCCACAAAAAUGGACAGCGAGGGAAAAACUGCCUUCCACCUAGCUGCCGCUAAGGGAAAUGUGGAGUGUCUAAGGGUGAUGCUGACUCAAGGAAUUGAUGUCUCGGCACAGGAUAUAGCAGGGCACAGUGCGUUACAUCUGGCAGUGAGAAAUAACCACAUAGAAUGCAUUAAAAGACUUCUCCAGUCUAAAUGCCCAGUUGAUUCCACAGACAACAUAGGAAAAUCUCCCAUGCACUAUGCAGCUGCAAAUGGCUGUGUUGCAUCUGUGCAAAUUCUCUGUGAUCAGAAAUGUCCAACAAAUAUUAAAGAUCAGGAGGGAAACACCCCACUUUUAGUGGCAGUUUUACAUGGCCACAUAGAAGUGUGCAAGUAUCUCUUGGACCACAGGGCGGACAUUAACGUUAAAGAUGCCAAUGGAAGGACACCUUUGAUGUUGGCUUGCGAAUCUAGCAACUUCAACAUGGUGGAUAUGUUAGUGCGCAAUGGGGCUGAUCUCAGGCUGUCGGAUGCCUUGGGGCACGACGCUCUUCAUUUCUCCAAACUGUCAGGGAAUUCACAGAUCAUCAAUCUGCUUCUAUCGAGGAUGAGCCAAGAGCCUGGAAUGGUGUCUCCCACCAAGCCUAUCCAGCAUGAUCAAGUCACUAAAUUAAGUACAGAGAGAAGUGGGACUCCCAAAAAGCGCAAAGCUCCACCUCCUCCUAUCACACCUUUACAGCAAAGUGAUAUGUCCUCUCCCCGGUCUUCAAUAUCUACACCAAUGUCUGCAAAAGGGCAGGUUUUCUUCCCUGAACAAGGCUCCAAGGAUGAGAUUACAUCUAACCGUCGAGAGUACCGAGACAGACUGAGUGACAGCACAGGGGCUGACAGCCUGUUGGAUGAAAGCUCGGAAGCGGAACACCAAGAAGCCAUUGCAUUGUUACAGGCAAAGAUUGCGUCACUCACCUCCCAGAACAAGGAGUUACAAGAAAAGUUACAGGCAAAGAUGAACAAUGAAGCUGUAACGGACAUUAGCUGUGAUUCAUUCCAUUCUACACAGACUGAUUUAAACCUAUCCGCCAUAAGCACUCAAGAAUCAACAUCGUUCACGAUUAGUUCCGAGAACACAGAUAUUUCUUUCGAAUCCCAGCCUGAAGCCUCCAUCAGUGAACACAAACUAAGACAGCUUGAGAAAAUCAUCGACGACAUGCAACUUAAGUUAAAUGAGUCUGAGGCGGAAAGGGAAAACUUAAAAAGUCAGAUUCAGUCUAUAUCUUCCAGGCCUCAGCAGUCCGUUAAUGUGGAGUCCGUAGAGGAUGGUCCUUAUGGAGCAGAAGAUGAGAGACAGGAUAAAAACCAGAAGGCAAGUUUGCAACGAAUGUCACAUGUUGAAGAGGAAGAGCAUAAAGGCACGUCGGAAGAGUCACAUCAAGAAACACUGUUGAUGCUUGAAGAGUUGGAGACAUUAAGAAGAAACUACAAAAAUAUUCUAUCGGAAAGUGAUAGAAAAGACAACGAGAUGAAGGAAUUACAGCAUCAAGUUGAUAUAAUGACAGCCACCAUGGCCAAUAUGGUGACACUGGAGAAAUUUGGGGAGGUGGAAAAAGCUUACAUCUUCCUUAUAGAACAGAUCAACCAAGAGAAAACCCAACUAAAAGAUACAUAUGAAGAGGAGAUGGAAGGUAUGAAGAAACUUCAGAAAGAACUAGAAAGUCGAAUGGAGAUGGUAUCGUCAGAUAAGGACAGAGAGGACAAGGAAGCCAUGAUUAAAACAAUAGAGGAACUGAAUAAGCAAGUGAGCGAAUUGUCUUUGGCUUACAGUGAAGCCCUAGCUGAACUUGGAAAAGCAAGAGAGGAUGCAAAGGAAGUCUCUUGCGACUUCAUUCUGAGAGAGGAGCAUGUGAAACUUCUACAAGAGGUUAUAGAUGGCAAACAGCAAGUAGAAAACGAUUUGGCCAGUAUGGCUUCCCAACACGCAAAAGCACUGCAAGAAGCCUGUGAUCUCAAGCAACAAUUACAGGAAGAAAAGACAAAUUCACCGGAAGUUGCUGACUACAUGCAAGUCAUUGCAGCUUUGAGAGACACCAUCUGCAGUCUAGAAGCUGAAAGAAACGAGUUGAGAACGUGCCUUUCCAGCCAAGAAUCUAAGCUUAGGGCUUUAGAGGAAGAGGUGCUGCAUGAGAAGACUGUAGUCCAAGAGACAAUGGUCACGAGGAAAGUAUUUGAAGAACUGCAGGCAUCUCUGGAGGAGGAAAUUAGCACACUGUCUUCUGAAAUAAGAAACUUGCUAAAUGAGAAGGAAAAGCUGUCUAAUGAGAGCGCACAACUGAAACAGGAAGUCACGCGGGUCAACGGAGAGAAAGAUCUGAUUGUGUCGCAGCUGAGUGCCAGGGAACUUGAAAUUAAUGAUUACCGCCUUAAGUAUGAUAAAGCCCAGGAAGAUUUGAUGGAGUUGAAGAGAUUCUCUGAAAAUACUUCUAAGAUAGAAGAAGACAAAGACAAAAAGAUAAUUGAGCUUUCCAAGGAAGUGAGCAAACUGAAGGAAGCCUUGAACAGCCUCUCGCAACUGUCCUUGUCGACGAGCACACCCAAGAGACAAAGCCAGCAACUGGAAGCCCUGCAGCAACAAGUCAAACAGUUGCAGAGUCAGCUCAUAGAGACCAAGAAACAGCAUCAGGAGAUUGUAUCAGUUUACAGAAUGCAUCUACUUUAUGCCGUACAGGGGCAGAUGGAUGAAGACGUGCAGAAAGUACUGAAGCAGAUACUGAUGAUGUGCAAAAGUCAGCCGCAAAAAAUGUGAUUGGUGCCUCACUGGGACGGAGCCCCUACUUCAGCACUGCCUCUUAGUAUUAUACCUGAUUGUCCUUCCAGGAAACGUCACAUUAUGCUGGAUAUCAAAACUUUUGAGUUCUUCUGUAUCA